GGGAGCACUGUUUCCGAGUGGCCUUUGGCCAGAAGUUAAAUUGGCUACACAAAUUAGAUAAAAUUCUUUAAAAUCUAUUACAAAUCAUAAAAGAAUCAAAAAAAGAUAAGCUCUAAUCGAAGGACAGUGAAGCGAGAAGCCCGAAAUGAGACAGCAAGCAUCUAAGGAAGUCAUAUCCAACGAACAAAAGCGAGAACAGUGACGUUGUGUAACAAAGUCUCAAAAGAAAGAGAAGUAGGCUUAUUCAAAAAGGGGUUGUGGGGGUAUAAAACCUGACAAUCAGGUAAAACAAAAGAAAACCUAUAAAAAUAAGGAAGAGGGAAAUAUCCACGACCCAUCCCCCAAAACACUGGAGGCGCACACACCCACCAAUCAGUUGAUAACCACGGGCAGUUUCAGGGACAAUACGGCGGCCGGCGUAAGUGGCAGCUGCUUUUCACUUUCAUUUGUCUUAUUGCCAAAGAAUAUAUUUGUCCUCAAAUAUGGUAAUCACUGCAUCCACUUGCCGAACAGAGACGGUUUUCGAUUAUAGCUGGGGUCACGUGGUGGCUGCCUACUGGAAUCGUUAUCCCAAUCCGUCCAGCACUCAUGUAUUAACCGAGGACACAAUUCAACGAGAGGUGCGAGAUGGUAAAUUAUAUUCCCGUCGAUUGUUGUCCAAGACAAAUCCCGUUCCCAAGUGGGGAGCGCGUUUUUACAAUAACGCGCCUGUGAAAAUUGUUGAGGAUUCAGUUCUAGAUCCGGUUAAAAGGACAUUUACCACAUUCACCAGAAAUUUAGGCAUGAAGAAAAUAAUGAAAGUAGACGAGAUAGUUGUAUAUACUGAACAGAAAGAUGGCAGUACAUUGGCCGUCCGACGAGCCUACAUCAGUUCCCAAGUCUUUGGUUUUUCUCGGGCCAUCAGAGCGUUUGGAAUUGAACGGUUUAAGUCUAAUAGUAACAAAGCCUCCAAUGGGUUCAAUUAUGUCUUACGACGAAUGUUCCCGCAACAUCAGCUCAAUACGUCCGCCACAACAUCAUCAACUGGUAAUGCGUCCGUCGCAUCGCAACAGCAGGGUGAAUCAAUAGUUAACACUCCAAGCCACAGCAACACGGAGACAUUGAAGAGUGCCGCGAAAAUUGGAUAUGAAUUCAUGAAAAGUCAUGCCACUAAAAUUGCUCAAUUGUUCUCGGUUAGAAAUUGAUAGAUUGAAUCGAUUGAAGAAACAGUACCAGGGGAAACAAACCUGUCAUUCCAUUGCUGAUAAGUGAAACAGCAAGAAUAGAUUUUGAGAACGAAGGCACUUUUCAUGCUGAACAAAGGCAAAAACGCAAUAACAUUCUUUUUCAAUUUGUUAAGAGUGUCAGAUCAUUUGAGUACUUUUCGCACCUAUUACUUUAUAUUAUAUCGUAAACUUUGAUAGGCCAGGCCCUCUUUUAAAAUUUCAUUUUUUUUUUUUGCCACAAACCUUUUUUAUACAUACAUACACAUAUAUUUUGUUGAAAAUACAAACGGAUCUGCAAAAUCUAUAAUUCGCGCCACAGAUGUUAUAAAGUAAAUAUGUACAUUUGUACAUAAAAGAGAAAUGAUAAAAAUGCUGGCGGUUGUGGCUCACUUAGCAUUUUUCAAGCCAAAUUAAAUCUUAAUUGAACAAUUCAAAUAUAAUUGAGAUUUUAAAUCGUUUUCUGUUAAUUAUUAUUAAGAAAAAAGCGUUUACAAAACUUAACCAAAUUGGAUUGCAGAAAAACAUUAAUUGAAAAGCGCAUAACGAAAACUACAAUCACUUAAUUGUAAAAUCAUUUGUAAAGUUUUGUUUUCUUUUUAAAAAAUAGUAUUAGUAUUAAGCUAUUAAUACAAUAAACGUUUAUGAAUGUAGAAAAAAGUAAGCAAUAAAUUGUAGAAAUAAAAAGAUA